UUGAUCUCCGGACGUGCUGCAGCGCGUUGCAUCCUCACAUUACGUCUCUGAAACUUGCAGAGCAUUUCGUCUUCCACAUUAUCAGCCAGAUACCUCCAGAGCAUCAACUCUACUUUGUUAAGAGAAGACUUCUGCAGACUAUUGCAUCACCGCUAUUAUUUGAUAAAGAUCUGUAGACAAUGCCUAUUUCCAUGGCUCUUACUGAGGUGUCCUUAGGCGCUCUGAAGAUGGGGGACAGCGUGCUUUUGAGUUACUGUGUGGCCUUCUGUAGUUUUAUUGGUUUUCAGAUCCUCUUCUCUCUGGUCUCUCCCGAAAUAUCUGCCUCACUGUCCACAACGUACCGAAACCUCAGCCGUGGCAAGCAGUGUGAGUGGGACUCCAGGUGCGUCUCCACAGUCCACGCAUUAAUAGUGGGGUCUUUCUGCCUAUACAUUUUGGCGUUUGAUGAAGCUGUGAACUCUGACCCCAUAUGGGGGGACCCAUUCCAGGUGAAACUGAAUGUUGCAAUCACAUGUGGAUAUCUUAUUUAUGACUUGCUGCUUCUGGCCCGUUUCUGGAAAGUUAUGAGAGAUCCGUAUAUAGUGUGUCACCACUUGGCGGUGCUCUACGCGUACGGAUACGUGCUGAAUCGUGGGGUUCUGCCAUAUUUUGCCAAUUUCCGCCUGAUUUCGGAGCUCUCAACACCGUUUGUAAACCAGAGGUGGUUCUUUGACGUCACGGGGGUGCCGCGUUCCUCGUGGCCCGUCUUGGUGAACGGCUUCGCCAUGGCCGCCGUGUUUUUCCUGGUACGGAUCGCCGUGAUUCCCAGCUAUUAUUCUCAAGUCUUUGCCACCUUUGGCACGGAGGGCUAUAUCAGGCUGGGCAUUGGGCCGCAGGUGGCGUGGAUUGUGUCGUGCGUCAUUCUGGACAUCCUCAAUGUCUUCUGGAUGUACAAGAUUGUACGUGGCUUUUACCGUGUUGUGAAAGCCAAGCCUGGGGGAAAGCCAAAGAGAAACCAUGCCGACUGAAAAGGAACGGACUUCUGCAGCCAUGUUUCCUUUUCAUGAGGCCGGUCCGAAGCAUUUAAAAAGAAUGGCUCAGUUAGAACUUCUGUACUGUGGACAGACUACAUUGUGAGGCUUAGUACCGCUUUAUGGCAGGCAGUGUCCGCCAAUACCAUUUGCCAAGGAUAAGACCACUAAAAGGAUUAAUGGACGUAUUCUGAAGAAGCCCCUCCCACUCAUGUAAGCUCCUCCCACAAGGCAACUUUUUAGCUCUGAGCCUUAAUAAAUAUGUUUACAUUAACUCAACCCCUUUUACCAUUUGCCUUAAAGGGGCAGUUUAAUGUCCCCUACAGACUCGCUACCCCGUCUGUGCUCCGAUAAUCGUGGAGGGGUCUCGUCGGACCCCCUGGAACUCUUCCCCAAGUUAAUUUGAAGGUUAAUUUUAAUAAUUCAGAUGAGAGGAGAACGAGGAGUCGAGAAAACAACACCGAAUAGCGGAACACAUUAAAAUAAUUGUUUGGUAAAAGUAAGAGAGUCACAAGUGCCUUGUUGUAAUAAUGUGUGGGGUACCGGGGGCCCCUAUUUCUAAAAAAAAACCCAAAAAACUUUCACUGUGAUUGCUUGAAUUCUAUUUGUGGAAUAAAAUCUCUUCCUUUUACUCGGUUGUCAUAUCUGUGUCGGUUUGGCGGUAACGAGGACUGACAUCAUGUUACCGGACUCCGCAAUAAAACUUUUAUUAGAUAAAAUAA